CCAUGUUUUUCCCGUGCUCCUCUCCGCCAGGCGCCCAACACGCCGUCGGCGCUAUAGCAACGGUAGCUAGCCGCGGGGAGAGAGUGGCGACAUGCACAGACCAUUUAUAUCCGCGUACAAAACUGAGUUAUUGUGGUGCAUCUCUGAAGAAUAGAAACUGUAAAGAUGCCAGAAUUAACUGGACAGCUUGUAUGUUGAGACAGGCCAUGUCUCGUCCCACUGAUGAGACGGCAGGAGACCUGCCUGUGAAAGAUAUAGGUCUAAACCUCUCUGGAAUGGGAGGGUUACAAGAAACUUCAACAACACGGACAAUGAGGUCUCGCCAGGCAGUGUCACGUAUCAGUCGUGAGGAACUGGAAGACAGAUUUUUGCGUCUGCAUGAUGAGAACAUUUUGCUUAAACAGCAUGCCCGCAAGCAAGAGGAUAAAAUUAAAAGAAUGGCCACCAAGUUAAUACGGCUAGUUAAUGACAAGAAAAGAUAUGAGCGGGUUGGUGGCGGCCCCAAGCGGCUGGGACGAGAUGUGGAAAUGGAAGAAAUGAUGGAGCAGCUGCAGGAGAAGGUUCAUGAGCUUGAAAGACAGAACGAAGUCCUCAAGAACAGACUCAUUUCAGCCAAACAGCAACUUCAAAUCCAGGGUCACAGGCAAACGCCGUAUAAUUAUGUGCAAUCUCGUGUUAACACUGGGCGUCGAAAAGCGCAUGAAAAUGCAGGCUUACAGGCAUGCCCCAGGAAAGGUAUUAGAUUCCAAGAUGUCGAUGUAGCAGAAACUCUACAACCCAUGCUUACAAAAUAUGGCAAUAAUUUACUUGAAGAAGCCAAAGGAGAAAUAAGAAAUUUAGAAAAUGUUAUUCAGUCACAGAGAGGCCAGAUAGAAGAGUUAGAGCACUUGGCUGAGAUCCUGAAAACUCAGUUGAGAAGAAAAGAAAAUGAAAUUGAGUUAUCUCUUCUUCAGCUUCGAGAACAGCAGGCUACAGAUCAAAGGUCAAACAUUCGGGACAACGUAGAAAUGAUUAAGCUUCAUAAACAACUAGUGGAAAAAAGCAAUGCUCUUUCAGUAAUGGAAGGAAAAUUUAUUCAGCUUCAAGAGAAGCAAAGAAGUCUCCGGAUCAGCCAUGAUGCCUUGAUGGCAAAUGGAGAUGAGCUCAAUAGGCAGCUCAAGGAGCAGCGUUUAAAAUGCUGCAGUCUUGAGAAACAAUUACAUUCCAUGACAUUUUCUGAAAAAAGAGUAGAAGAGCUGCAGGAUAGAAUUAAUGAUUUAGAAAAGGAACGGGAACUUUUAAAGGAAAACUAUGAUAAACUUUAUAACAGUGCCUUCAGUGCUGCCCACGAAGAGCAAUGGAAGUUAAAGGAACAGCAGCUGAAAGUUCAGAUCGCUCAACUCGAGACUGCCUUAAAAUCUGACCUAACAGACAAAACUGAAAUCCUUGACAGAUUCAAAACCGAAAGAGACCAAAAUGAGAAACUCAGUCAAGAAAACAGAGAACUACAGUUACAGUAUCUGGAACAAAAACAACAACUUGAUGACCUUAAACACCGUCUGAAGUUUUACAACCAGGAGAGUGAUAUUAAUGCUGAGGAACUGAGUGAAGCUCUCCUGCUUAUAAAGGCUCAAAAAUCACAAAAAAACGGAGACCUUUCCUUUUUAGAGAAAGUUGACAAUAAAAUUAACAAAGAUCUAGAACGCUCCAUGAGAGAGCUACAAGCAACUCAUGCAGAAACAGUGCAAGAACUUGAAAAGACACGAAACAUGCUAAUUAUGCAACAUAAAAUUAAUAAAGAUUAUCAGAUGGAAGUUGAAGCAGUGACCCAGAAGAUGGAAAAUUUGCAGCAAGAUUAUGAACUCAAAGUGGAACAAUAUGUUCAUCUUCUUGAUAGCAGAGCUGCACGCAUUCAGAAACUAGAAGCCCAAUUAAAGGAUAUUGCCUAUGGCACCAAGCAGUAUAAAUUUAAACCAGAAAUCACACCAGAUGACUCCAUUGAUGAAUUUGAUGAAACUCUUCACUUAGAACGAGGCGAAAACCUAUUUGAAAUCCAUAUCAACAAAGUAACCUUUUCUUCUGAAGUUUUACAGGCAUCUGGAGAUAAAGAACCUGUCACUUUCUGUACCUAUGCUUUCUAUGAUUUUGAGCUACAGACAACUCCCAUUGUGCAAGGCCUUCACCCAGAGUACAACUUCACUUCUCAAUAUCUCAUUCAUGUUAACGACUUAUUUUUACAAUAUAUUCAGAAGAAUACUAUCACUCUUGAGGUCCACCAAGCUUACAGCACAGAUUAUGAAACAAUUGCGGCAGGUCAGUUGAGAUUCCAUGAAAUCCUAGAAAAAAGUGGUCGAAUAUUUUGCACAGCAAGUUUGGUUGGAACUAAAGGAGACAUCCCAAAUUUUGGCACAGUGGAAUACUGGUUCAGAUUAAGGAUUCCCAUGGAUCAAGCAAUUCGACUUUAUCGAGAACGAGCAAAGGCUUUGGGAUAUAUAACAUCAAAUUAUAAGGGGCCAGAGCAAAUGCAAUGGUCAAGUCAGCCAGCACCCAAAACUUCUCAGCCCAGUUCUACUGAUUCCACAGAUGGCAACUUAAAUGAACUUCAUAUUACAGUCAGAUGUUGCAGCCACUUGAAGUCCCGAGCAAACCACCUUCAGCCACACCCAUAUGUUGUGUACAAGUUUUUUGAUUUUGCAGACCACGAUACAGCCAUCAUUCCCAGUAGCAAUGAUCCACAGUUUGAUGAUCAUAUGUGUUUCCCAGUGCCGAUGAAUAUGGAUUUGGAUCGGUACCUUAAGUCAGAGUCUCUGAGUUUUUAUGUGUUUGAUGAUAGUGAUACUCAAGAGAAUAUAUAUAUAGGAAAAGUCAAUGUGCCUCUGAUUUCAUUGGCACAUGACAGAUGUAUCUCAGGAAUAUUUGAGUUAACAGAUCCUAAAAAGCAUCCUGCAGGAACCAUCCAUGUUAUAUUGAAAUGGAAAUUUGCUUACCUUCCACCAAGUGGAUCUAUAACAACUAAAGACUUAGGAAAUUUUAUACGCAAAGAAGAGUCAGAAGUUGAUCAAAGAGUACCUUCAACAUCCUCUGUUAGCCCAUUAGUUGUUGCACCAACACCUAAACCAAGACAGCGUUUAACACCUGUAGAUAAGAAAGUGUCUUUUGUGGAUAUCACACCACAGCAGAGUUCUGAGAUAACUACUCCUCCUGAAGAUGUGAAGGAAGUUUCAUCAGAAGUUGAGCAUAUGCCAGAAAUAGAAACUGACAUGCCAACUCUUUCACAUGGUCCUGAGGUUUCUCAAGAAAGCGGUGGAGCUAAGGUAAAAGAGAAAAUACAGCAAGGAAAAGAUGAUGAUGUUUCUUUCCUGUCUGAGGGUCAGCUAGCAGAUCAAAGCUGGACUUCUUCUGAAGAUGAAACAGAAAUAACUGAGGAAUUGGAACCAGAAGAUGAGGAAGAGAGAUCAGCAUCUGACAGCGACGAGUGUAUUAUUCCAGGUCCUAUCUCCAAGAAUAUCAAACAGCCAUCAGAAAAAAUUCAGAUUGAGAUCAUAGCUCUAAGCCUUAAUGAUUCUCGAGUAACUGCAGAUGACACUAUCCAACGGCUGUUCGUGGAAUGCAGAUUCUACAGUCUUCCUGCUGAAGAGACACCUGUGUCACUUCCAAAACCCAAGAGUGGGCAGUGGGUCUACUAUAAUUAUAGCAAUGUGAUCUACGUGGAUAAAGAGAACAACCAAGCAAAGAGAGACAUCUUAAAAGCAAUACUACUGAAACAAGAGCUGCCAUACAGAAGUGUCCGCUUCACCGUGGUCAGUGACCCUCCAGAGGAUGAACAGGAUCUGGAGUGCGAGGACAUUGGCAUUGCUAACAUUGACCUCGCUGACAUGUUUCAGGAAGGGAGAGACAUCAUCGAGCAAAAUAUCGAUGUCUUCGAUGCACGGGGAGGUGGUGGACCUAUCGGCAAGCUCAGGGUAACCAUCAAAGCACUCCAUGCCCUCCGAUCCGUCUACGAGCAGCACAGAGACGACUUGGAGGCUGAAAAAAGCCGUUGCAGAGUGAAGCAAAAGAGACUGGAACUCAGAAAGCUCUCAGGAAUCACUGAGGAAGAAAUUAAGACAAGCAAGAAUUUGGGGAGCUCUUCAUGAGGAAUCUACUCAAAGACCACCUUCAUCCAAUUAAGAAGUGAAUGAAAAAACUGUUAGAAGGACUGUGCACUAACAGGCUGGAGGCGAGACAUGUGUCAGAGCUGACCCAGUCUCUGAAGGGAUUCUGCAAGAAGAAGAAGUCUUUGUGCAGGUAGUGGGUCAAGAAUGCCUUUUCAAAGCUUGUCUCACACCUCGUGUGGAAGAGGCCCCCAGGGAGGGCAAGGUUCCUGCAGAAUGCUUCGCAGUAGGAGGGAGGCAGGAGCCCUCCCCUUCUGUCCUCUAGGGCCCGCCAUCCAUCAACAUCACGACUCUUCAGUGUCCCAUGCAACAACCAAGAGCGACCUGGAAGCAAGUACCUGCUUCAUCAGGGGCUCUGGGGAAGGCUCAGAGAGCGUCCAGAAUAUCCAAAGCAAAAUGUCUCCUCCCCAUUGUCUCCCAGCGCCCCACCCACCCACCCACCAGGGCAGCCUUACACCUCCUCUUUGUCUUCUGAGCACACUCUAUAGACCUCUCCCUUGCCAGAGACCUGCUGCCACGGAGCCAGUCUCUCCUUCCUCCUAGAGAACCCGUCCUUUAAAAACCCCCUACCGCAGGUUGCUUUGGCUGUUACGCUCAUCCGCAGAUCAAGAGGCUCGCAAGCCUGGUGCACAGGCACCGAGUUUUCCAGCUCCCACCCCAUGACUCCCAUCCUCGGUAGAUGAUCUUGUCUGUCUUUACUUCUGUCACCCCUUAACUUGUCGUGUGCAAGCCUGCGUUUUCAAAUGAUGCAAAAUAGACCCAACACCUCAAUUCUGGAAGCUUACGGAAGUUCAGUCAGACGUUGACUCAGCCAUUGAAACUCCCUGUGUUGGAGUAAUUUACAUACGUAUCUGCGAGGAAAACGGAAGAGCCUGGUAGACAGCAUUUUAUGGCCUUUCUCCAUUAACUCGAGUAGACAAAAAGGAAGCACCACGGCCAAACAGAACUAUUCCCUCUGGUCUUUCUCCCUCUCCCAAAGAAAACAAAGAACAGAAACACCUGUGCUACCCCCUCCCCAACCUCACUUCACAGAGUCUGGGGAGCCCCGGCCGGCAUCAGUGAGGAGGGGGUCACCCCUGGACUGAAAAUCUCAAUGGCCCGGAUCAUCAAAGUCCCUCAUUUCUGUGAGUUUUGACUUGAGCUGAGGUCAGUGCAGGACAGGGGUGGGAAAUGUGACUGCCUGGAAGGGCUUUUUCAUUCUGGAGUGUCAGCUGUGGGUCAGACAGUCUCAGGGAAUAAGCUGUAAGUGGAGGUGAGUCUUUCCAUAUGUCUUGCAUGAAAAUUGAAAAUGAUCAUCUAAUGUAGUCCAGAAUCCCUCCAAAACAGUUUUAUUGUUUUGAAAAAGAAAAGGAAAAAUGUGAGCCAGGUCGAACGUCAUGGGGUCUCUAAUCCAAAUGAACAAAGCAGGAGAACAGUUCACCCCUGAAAUGGAGUCAAAGAGGGAUCCCAGCGGGUAACAGGUGGGGCUGUGUGUCCAAGUGGACAUUUCAUAAGGCACAAUUUGAUGAGGAUGAUGGCAUGGGAUAGUCACAGGAAUUCCAGACUUCCCAUUUGCUGAUGAGAGGAAAGAGGCUGCUGAACUCCUGAGAGAUCUUUAAAAUAAUUUUUCAGUACUUACUGAGGGAUUUGAUGUAUAAGUUACAAAAAAAAAA